AGGCCCAACAUCGUGUUUUUGGCCCCGCCGUGGGGUCAGGUGGCCCUGAGGGUUGUCCCCAGUGGGCCUUGGCCUGCCCUGUCCUUGUGGGGGUGUCAGGCCAGGGCCUGAGGGCUGGGCCUGGCUGCAGGGCCUCCCCGGCUGGGUGGGAGCCCGUAGUCUCGCGGGAAGGCGGUGCUGCUCGGAGGGGCCACCCCUCCCGGGGUCAGUCCUGGAGGAAGGAUGGGUUUGAUGUUGGACACGGUGUGUCUUCUGGAAGCCAACAGAACAAUCUGUGUGUGUGGACUCCUCUGACCCACUUGCUGGCACAUUUUACUUUUCUUUUUUUUUUGUUGUGGGAGAGUUACUUCAAGUUGUGUUUGGAGCUGACGUGAGUGAAAGGCUGGUCAUGUGCUCGGGUGCCUGUAAUAGGGUGGCCUGAAAGCAGAUGACGAGGACUGGCUUUUAACUUCAGUGGCCAUUGAGAAGGAGCUUACCAGGGCCCCAAAGCCCCUGGACACCCACUGCCAUGUCGGGAUCCACGCAGCCUGUGGCACAGACGUGGAGGGCCACGGAGCCCCGCUACCCGCCCCAUGGCAUUUCCUACCCUGUGCAGAUUGCCCGGCCCCACACGGAUGUCGGGCUGCUCGAGUACCAGCACCACCCCCGUGACUACACCUCACACCUGUCUCCCAGCUCCAUCAUCCAGCCCCAGAGGAGGAGGCCUUCACUGCUGUCUGAAUUCCAGCCUGGGAAUGAAAGGUCCCAGGAGCUUCACCUGCGGCCUGAGUCCCACUCGUACCUGCCCGAGCUGGGCAAGUCAGAGAUGGAGUUCAUUGAGAGUAAGCGCCCUCGCCUGGAGCUGCUGUCCGACCCGCUGCUGCGGCCCUCACCUCUGCUGGCCGCUGGCCCACCCGGGGUCUCUGAGGACUUGUCCAAGGACCGCAGCUUGACAGGCAAGCUGGAGCCAGUGUCUCCUCCCAGCCCCCCCCACACCGACCCUGAGCUGGAGCUGAUACCUCCACGGCUCUCCAAGGAGGAGCUGAUCCAGAACAUGGACCGGGUGGACCGCGAGAUCACCAUGGUGGAGCAGCAGAUCUCCAAGCUGAAGAAGAAGCAGCAACAGCUGGAGGAGGAGGCUGCGAAGCCGCCAGAGCCCGAGAAGCCGGUGUCACCACCGCCCAUUGAGUCCAAGCACCGGAGCCUGGUGCAGAUCAUCUACGACGAAAACCGGAAGAAGGCUGAAGCUGCACAUCGGAUUCUGGAAGGCCUGGGGCCCCAGGUGGAGCUGCCCUUGUACAACCAACCCUCUGACACUAGGCAGUAUCAUGAGAACAUCAAAAUAAACCAGGCAAUGCGGAAAAAGUUAAUCCUGUACUUCAAGAGGAGGAAUCACGCUCGGAAACAAUGGGAACAGAAGUUCUGCCAGCGCUAUGACCAGCUCAUGGAGGCCUGGGAGAAGAAGGUGGAGCGCAUCGAGAACAACCCCCGGCGGCGGGCCAAGGAGAGCAAGGUGCGGGAGUACUACGAGAAGCAGUUCCCUGAGAUCCGCAAGCAGCGGGAGCUGCAGGAGCGCAUGCAGAGCAGGGUGGGUCAGCGGAGCAGUGGGCUCUCCAUGUCGGCAGCCCGCAGUGAACACGAGGUGUCCGAGAUCAUUGACGGCCUCUCAGAGCAGGAGAACCUAGAGAAGCAGAUGCGCCAGUUGGCUGUGAUCCCACCAAUGCUGUAUGAUGCCGACCAGCAACGUAUUAAGUUCAUCAACAUGAAUGGGCUCAUGGACGACCCCAUGAAGGUGUACAAAGACCGCCAGGUCAUGAACAUGUGGAGUGAACAGGAGAAGGAGACCUUCCGGGAGAAGUUCAUGCAGCACCCCAAGAACUUUGGCCUGAUCGCAUCAUUCCUGGAGAGGAAGACGGUGGCUGAGUGUGUCCUUUACUACUACCUGACCAAGAAGAAUGAGAACUACAAGAGUCUGGUGAGACGGAGCUAUCGGCGCCGUGGCAAGAGCCAGCAGCAGAUGCCCCGGAGCAACCAGGACGAGAAAGAUGAGAAGGAAAAGGAGAAGGAGCCCGAGAAGGAGGAGGAGAAGCUGGACGUGGAGAACGACAAGGAGGAGCUGAGCAAGGAGAAGACGGAUGACACCUCUGGGGAGGACAACGAUGAGAAGGAGGCAGUGGCCUCCAAAGGCCGCAAGACUGCCAACAGCCAGGGGAGACGCAAAGGCCGCAUCACCCGCUCAAUGGCCAACGAGGCCAGCAGCGAGGAGGCUGUCACCCCGCAGCAGAGCGCUGAGCUGGCUUCCAUGGAGAUGAAUGAGAGCUCCCGCUGGACCGAGGAAGAGAUGGAAACAGCCAAGAAAGGUCUCCUGGAACACGGCCGGAAUUGGUCGGCCAUCGCUCGGAUGGUGGGCUCCAAGACCGUGUCUCAGUGUAAGAACUUCUACUUCAACUACAAGAGGAGGCAGAACCUGGACGACAUCCUGCAGCAGCAUAAACUGAAGAUGGAGAAGGAGCGGAAUGCACGGAGGAGGAAGAAGAGAGCCCCAGCCGCCAGUGAGGAGGCCGCCUUCCCGCCCGUGCUGGAGGAUGAGGAGAUGGAGGCAUCGGGCGUGAGUGGGAAUGAGGAGGAGAUGGCAGAGGAGGCAGAAGCCUUACACGCCUCUGGGAGCGAGGUGCCCAGAGGGGAAUGCAGUGGCCCAGCUGCUGUCAAUAACAGCUCCGACACUGAGAGCAUCCCCUCGCCCCGCACAGAGGCUGCUAAGGACACGGGGCAGAAUGGACCCAAGCCCCCACCUGGCCCAGACACCAAUGCACCACUCCCCGAGCCGCCCACUCCACCACCAGAGGAUACCCCGGCCUCCAGUGAUGCUGCCCUGGCCCCUGAAGCCGUCAGCCCACCCACACCCCCUCCAGCACCCUUGUCACCCCCCAUGCCCCCUUCUGUGGUCCCCAAGGAGGAGAAGGAGGAAGAGGACACAGCAGUUCCCCCUGCGGUGGAGGAGGAGCAGAAGCCUCCCAUUGCCCAAGAGCUGGCAGUGGACGCAGGCAAGACAGAAGAGCCAGGCGAGGUGGCCCCUGCAGAGCCAGUCAAGAGCGAGUGCAAGGAGGAGGCCACAGAGGAGGGGCCCGAACAGGGCAAGGGGGGCAUAGAAGCCGGUGCCGAGGCAGUCCCCGAGGGGGCGCUCAAGGGGGAGAAGAAGGAGGGUGGCGGCCCUGGGGGCAGGGGCCCCUCAGCCAAGGGCUCCAGCGCCACCCAGGACAGUGACUCCAGCGCCACGUGCAGCGCAGACGAGGUGGACGAGCCGGAGGGAGGUGACAAGCACAGGCUGCUGUCACCGCGGCCAAGCCUCCUUGCCCUGGCCAGCGACACCAGGGCCAACGGCUCACCCCAGAAGCCACUGGACCUGAAGCAGCUGAAGCAGCGGGCAGCCGCCAUCCCCCCCAUCCAGGUCACCAAAGUGCAUGAGCCCCCCCAGGAGGACGCAGUUCCCCCUAAGCCAGCCCCACCAGCCCCACUGCUGCCACAGCACCUGCAGCCUGAGAGUGACACCCCCCAGCAGCCCAGCAGCAGCCCUCGGGGCAAGAGCAGGAGCCCUGUGCCUCCUACUGAGAAGGAGGCAGAGAAGCCUGUGUUCUUCCCAGCCUUUGCAGCCGAGGGCCAGAAGCUACCCACGGAGCCACCAUGCUGGACAUCGGGCCUGCCCUUCCCUGUUCCGCCUCGUGAGGUGAUCAAGGCCUCCCCGCACGCCCCUGACCCCUCGGCCUUCUCCUAUGCCCCACCUGGUCACCCGCUGCCCCUGGGCCUCCACGACACUGCCCGGUCUGUCCUGCCACGCCCACCCACUAUCUCCAACCCGCCGCCCCUCAUCUCCUCCACCAAGCACCCCAGCGUCCUCGAGAGGCAAAUGGGUGCCAUCUCCCAGGGAAUGUCGGUGCAGCUCCACGUUCCCUACUCAGAGCACGCCAAGGCUCCUGUGGGCCCCAUCACUAUGGGGCUGCCCCUCGCCAUGGACCCCAAGAAGCUGGCACCCUUCAGUGGAGUGAAGCAGGAGCAGCUGUCCCCGCGGGGCCAGGCAGGGCCGCCGGAGAGCCUGGGGGUGCCCACGGCUCAGGAGACAUCUGUGCUGAGAGGGACGUCUCUGGGCUCGGUUCCGGGAGGAAGCAUCACCAAGGGCAUCCCCAGUACGCGGGUGCCUGCUGAGAGCCCUGUCACGUAUCGUGGCUCCAUUACCCAUGGCACGCCGGCCGAUGUCCUGUACAAAGGCACCAUCACCAGGAUCAUUGGCGAGGACAGCCCCAGUCGGCUGGACCGUGGCCGGGAGGACGGCCUGCCCAAGGGCCAUGUCAUCUACGAGGGCAAGAAGGGCCAUGUCCUGUCCUAUGAGGGUGGCAUGUCUGUGUCCCAGUGCUCCAAGGAGGAUGGCAGGAGUAGCUCAGGACCUCCCCAUGAGACAGCUGCCCCCAAGCGCACUUAUGACAUGAUGGAGGGCCGUGUCACCAGGGCCAUCUCCUCAGCCAGCAUUGAAGGCCUCAUGGGCCGUGCCAUUCCACCUGAGCGACACAGCCCCCACCAUCUCAAAGAGCAACACCACAUCCGAGGCUCCAUCACACAAGGGAUCCCACGGUCCUAUGUGGAGGCCCAGGAAGACUAUCUUCGCCGGGAAGCCAAGCUCCUGAAGCGCGAGGGCACGUCACCACCGCCCCCGCCACCCCCACGGGACCUGGCUGAGGCUUACAAGGCCCGGCCCUUGGAGGCCCUGGGACCCCUGAAGCUGAAGCCAGCCCACGAGGGCCUGGUGGCAACAGUGAAGGAGGCUGGUCGCUCCAUCCAUGAGAUCCCCCGUGAGGAGCUGCGGCACACGCCUGAGCUGCCCCUGGCCCCGCGGCCGCUCAAGGAGGGCUCCAUCACACAGGGCACCCCGCUCAAGUAUGACACCAGCACAUCCUCUACCAGCACCAAAAAGCAUGACGUGCGCUCCAUCAUUGGCAGUCCAGGCAGGACUUUCCCGCCCGUGCACCCACUGGACGUGAUGGCAGACACGCGUGCACUGGAGCGUGCCUGCUACGAGGACAGCCUCAAGAGCCGGCCAGGGGCAGCCAGCAGCACCGGGGGCUCCAUCACCCGCGGGGCUCCGGUCAUUGUGCCUGAGCUGGGCAAGCCACGGCAGAGCCCUCUGGCCUAUGAGGACCACGCAGCACCUUUUGCAGGCCACCUGCCGCGUGGCUCCCCUGUGACCACGCGAGAGCCCACCCCACGCCUGCAGGAGGGCAGCCUCUCGGCCAGCAAGGCAUCCCAGGACCGAAAGCUGACAUCGACACCCCGAGAGAUUGCCAAGUCCCCACACAGCGCUGUGCCCGAGCACCACCCCCACCCCAUCUCGCCCUACGAGCACCUGCUUCGGGGUGUGAGUGGUGUGGACCUGUACCGUGGCCACAUCCCGCUGGCCUUCGACCCCACCUCCAUACCCCGUGGAAUCCCUCUGGAUGCAGCUGCCUAUUACCUGCCCCGGCACCUGGCCCCCAACCCCACCUAUCCACACCUGUACCCGCCUUACCUCAUCCGUGGCUACCCUGACACAGCAGCGCUGGAGAACCGCCAGACAAUCAUUAAUGACUACAUCACCUCGCAGCAGAUGCACCACAACGCAGCCACCGCCAUGGCCCAGCGAGCUGACAUGCUCAGGGGCCUCUCACCCCGCGAGUCCUCGCUGGCUCUCAACUACGCCGCUGGCCCACGAGGCAUCAUCGACUUGUCCCAAGUGCCACACCUGCCCGUGCUGGUGCCCCCAACACCGGGCACACCAGCCACCGCCAUGGACCGCCUUGCCUACCUCCCUACUGCACCCCAGCACUUCAGCAGCCGGCUCAGCAGCUCCCCACUCUCCCCAGGAGGUCCCACGCACUUGACAAAACCCACCGCCACAUCCUCAUCUGAGAGGGAACGGGAACGCGAGCGGGAACGGGAGAAGCCUGUCCUCACGUCCACCACUACUGUGGAACACGCGCCCAUUUGGAGACCCGGUACAGAGCAGAGCAGCGGCGGCGGCGGGGGUGGGGGCAGCAGCAGCCGCCCCGCCUCCCACUCCCACUCCCACCAGCACUCGCCCAUCUCACCCCGGACUCAGGACGCCAUCCAGCAGAGGCCCAGCGUGCUGCACAACACAGGCAUGAAGGGCAUCAUCACCUCCGUGGAGCCCAGCACACCCACGGUCCUGAGGUGGGCCAGGUCCACUUCCACCUCCUCGCCUGUCCGACCGGCUGCCACAUUCCCACCUGCCACCCACUGCCCGCUGGGCGGCACCCUUGACGGGGUCUACCCCACCCUCAUGGAGCCCGUCUUGCUGCCCAAGGAGGCCCCACGGGUUGCCCGGCCCGAGCGGGCCCGCACGGACGCCGGCCACGCCUUCCUCGCCAAGCCUCCAGUGCGCGCGGGGCUGGAGCCCGCCUCCUCCCCCAGCAAGGGCUCGGAGCCCCGGCCUCUGGCAGCCCCGGGCCCCAGCCACGCAGCCAUCGCCCGCACUCCCGCGAAGAGCCUCGCACCCCACCGCGCCAGCCCGGACCAGCCUGUGCCGCCUGCCUCGGCCGCGGACCUGCACCGGGAAAAGACUCAAAGUAAACCCUUUUCCAUCCAGGAACUGGAACUCCGUUCUCUGGGUAAGACCACCCUGACAGCGGCCACCUUCAUAGACGCGAUAAUCAUGCGUCAAAUUGCUCACGAUAAAGGGCCGCGAGAAGGAGGUUCGCUGGCCAACGACUCCCCUCGCGAUGGUUACCAUGGCGGGGGCAGCUACAGCCCCGAUGGGGUGGAGCCUGUCAGCCCCGUGAGCUCACCCAGCCUGGCCCACGACAAGGGGCUCCCCAAGCACCUUGAGGAGCUCGACAGGAGCCACCUGGAGGGGGACCUGCGGCACAAGCAGCCAGGCCCUGGGAAGCUUGGUGGUGAGGCUGCACACCUCCCACACCUGCGGCCGCUGCCUGAGAGCCAGCCCUCAUCCAGCCCACUGCUCCAGACCACCCCAGGGGUCAAAGGUCACCAGCGGGUGGUCACCCUGGCACAGCACAUCAGUGAGGUCAUUACACAGGACUAUACGCGGCACCACCCACAGCAGCUCAACGCACCCCUCCCUGCUCCCCUCUACUCCUUUCCUGGAGCCAGCUGCCCCGUCCUGGACCUCCGCCGCCCACCCAGUGAUCUCUACCUCCCACCCCCAGACCACGGCGCCCCAGCCCGUGGUUCACCCCACAGUGAAGGGGGCAAGAGGUCUCCAGAGCCAAGCAAGACGUCGGCCCUGGGCAGUGGUGAGGAUGCCAUCGAGCCCGUGUCCCCUCCAGAGGGCACAGCAGAGCCUGGGCAUACCCGGAAUGCCAUGUACCCACUUCUGUACCGGGAUGGGGAGCAGGCAGAGCCCAGGAUGGGCUCCAAGUCUCCGGGCAACACCAGCCAGCCGCCAGCCUUCUUCAGCAAACUGACCGAGAGCAACUCUGCCAUGGUCAAGUCUAAGAAACAAGAGAUCAACAAGAAGCUGAACACCCACAACCGGAACGAGCCAGAAUACAAUAUCGGCCAGCCUGGGACGGAGAUCUUCAACAUGCCCGCCAUCACUGGAGCAGGCCUUAUGACCUGCAGAAGCCAGGCGGUGCAGGAGCAUGCCAGCACCAACAUGGGGCUGGAGGCCAUUAUUAGAAAGGCGCUCAUGGGUAAAUAUGAUCAGUGGGAGGAGCACCCGCUCAGCGCCAAUGCUUUUAACCCUCUGAAUGCCAGCGCCAGCCUGCCUGCUGCUAUGCCCAUAACCGCUGCUGACGGACGGAGCGAACACGCACUCGCCUCGCCAGGUGGUGGCGCAAAGGCCAAAGUCUCCGGCAGACCCAGCAGCCGAAAAGCCAAGUCCCCUGGCCCAGGCCUGGCGUCUGGGGACCGGCCGCCCUCCGUUUCCUCUGUGCACUCGGAGGGAGACUGCAACCGCCGGACUCCACUCACCAACCGCGUGUGGGAGGACCGGCCCUCGUCCGCAGGUUCCACACCGUUCCCCUACAAUCCCCUGAUCAUGCGGCUGCAGGCAGGUGUCAUGGCCUCCCCGCCCCCACCUGGUCUCCCUGCGGGCAGUGGGCCCCUUGCUGGCCCCCAUCAUGCCUGGGAUGAGGAGCCCAAGCCGCUGCUCUGCUCGCAGUAUGAGACACUCUCCGACAGCGAGUGACUGUCAGAAUGGGGUCGGGGGGCGGCGCCAGGGCCCAGCAAGUGGCCGGAGCAGCCAGGCAAGGAGUGAGGUGGCUGCCGACUCCCCCCACCGAGGAAGGAGCCCCUGAGUCUGCCUGCGUGCCUGCCUGUCUGUCUGUCCAGAGCCGGCCGGCAUCCUUGCCUGUCUAAAAAGCCUUAACUACGACUCCCGCCCUGGGCUGGCCCUGUGCAGUGACCUUACUCAGGGGAUGUUUACCUGGUGCUCGGGAGGGGAGGGGGCCAGGGAGGGGGCACGGAGGGUGUGUGAUGGCCACAUGCACGCAGCCGGGGCGGCCAGGGACCCAAAGCAGGAUGACCAUGCACCUUCCAUGCCACUGCCUCCCCCCUUAACGCAUUUGGAACCAAAGUCUAAACUGAGCUAGCAGCCCCCGCACCCUCCCUCCAUCCCCAUCCCGCUUAGCACUCUAGACAGACGGACACGGGCCCUGUCCAGGCCCCAGCACUCUUGUCCCAGUCCCCACGGGCUGCCCUAGCCAACGAGACUGCUGAAAACCAAGUUAGGCCAGGUGGGCAGGCAAAGGGGCCAGGUGUGGCCUGGGGCAAGCAGAUGCUCUGAGGAACUGGACUUUUUUUUCACACAUCGUUGCCGCAGUGGUGGGCAGGAAAGGCAGGUGUAAAUGAUGUAUUGGUUUACAGGGUAUAUUUUUGAUACCUUCAAUGAAUUAAUUCAGAUGUUUUACGCAAGGAAGGACUUACCCAGUAUUAUUGCUGCUGUGCUUUCAAUCUUUGCUUACCGCUCAAGAGGCGUGUGCAGGCCAACAGUCGGUGACCCCCAUCAUCUGCAGGACUGAGGGGGAUGGGGGCUGCCAGCUCACCAGCUCCUCUGUGUCCUCCCUUCCUUGGGCAGAAUGAAUUUGAUGGGUAUUCUGUGACCGCCAUCUGCGCACGGCGGUGGCAUUCUGUCAUUUACACGUUGUUCUCAUUAAAAAGCAAAUUAUACUCAA